UUGCUCGGUGACCUGCAUGGAUCUCCUGUUUACUGGCGCAGAUACAAGAAAGCAGAUCUGUAAAGAGAGCGAGACACAUGUCAAAUCCAACAGCUACCUCUAACGUGGGGAAAUAAAUCGAUCUUGCCUUUUCGAUUGUAGAUAUUUCUCUACAUUUUCUUUGUGGGUUUGUGGAUUUAACGCUGAAGACGAAUUACUUGGCCUUUCUCCUGGAUCAGGCACAAGAAGGGAGCAGCACGUUUGUAUUGAUUUAAGCAGAGAGUAGAAGAGAGAGGAAAGAAAGCCACGACGAGACUUUUUGGGGUAGAAAACUCAGAUGUUUUGGCUGUUUUUGGACUUUAAGUUCUGCUGCUUCUCUGGAUUCGAAUGCACAGGAACUGCUGUACUGGACUUUAAACGUUUAGCUAGCAAGGUUUGGACUGCAGUGCGAUUGCAAGCUCAUGUGCAGAUAUCGUUUUAGUUAAUAUAAGUUAGUUGGUUUAAUUAGCUAGCCUUAAGUGGUGUUUGCAAAAUUACGAUUGAGACAUAACGUUACUGUAACCGUUAACAAUCUAAGGUCUGGUGAAUAUCAGCAGCUGCACAUUUGACAAGCACAAAAUUUGUAAAUGAAUUAUAUCUAGAACUUAAGGCACUUUAAGGAGAAAUCAUUAGGUUACAGCUCAGACACGUUGUGGUCAAUUUAAUGCUCUGUUAGUUAAUGGUGCAGAAUGUUAGCUAAAAUAUCAGAGCUUGUGGUACUUUUUGGACUUUAUAGGAAAUAGCUAGGUAAGAGUUUAAAACGUGUAAGUAGCUAACCAUAGCUAGCCAGUGAGAAUACAGAAGCUAAGUUAGACAUUUGGACUACAGCAGUUGCUGCGUGCUGUAGUUAGCUAGCUACGUGUGAAGCCCACUUAGCUUUAGCUAACGUAAAAGUUUGGACUAUCAAAGCUGCAAAAGAAGGCAAACGUUGAUCUGCAUUUCCACAUACACAGGGUGUAAAACUAGUCUAAGUGAUGUAGAGAGCUGUAACUAGCUAACUGUAGAUGUUAACUCUGAGAUAGUCCCCUAGAGGCUAGGCUAGCUAGCGUUAGCUAGCUAACAUAACUUUGUUUUGGCCUUGGCUAAGCUAGCCAGGUUGCUGGUUAGCUAAAGCGAACUGAAGCGAUUUGUUUCUUCGGCAUCUCGCUUAAAAAGAAGAUUAAAAUAAUAACCAGUGGUCCAAAAAGUGCACAAAAAUGAAGACUGUUAAAGGCUUGAGAAGUAAAGUCAACCACGCUCGCCGUGUUUCGUGUCGACGGUUACUCUGAAUGAGAAGCUCGGCUGAGUUGAGUUGAGCUAAGCUAACAGACGCGCUUAGCGCACAGCUAGCAGCCUGCAGCGACUAAACUGAACACGUUGAACUUUCCUCUCCGCCCAUUUACAGGGGGCGACGAGAUUUUCCCAAGUUAUCUUCUAUUUUUGUUUUAAUAAACAGUUUGUUAACCAAACGAGGCACUGUAAGGUUGGAUUCCCGACCGCUUUUCGUUAGCAGGAGUGAACGUUAAAGCGGUUUGUUCAGGAUGCAGCUGCGGACUGUGGCUGGUUUGCUUCUGACUGUCUGCGCUGUGUGGAACUGCCAACAAACCAGCGGCGAAAUUUGUUCGAGUAAAGACAUCAGAAACAAUGUGACCAACCUGCGUUUACUGGAGAACUGCACAGUGAUCGAGGGCCACCUAAAGAUCCUGUUAAUGUUCACCACGAAACCAGAGGACUUCCGAGGCCUGACUUUCCCCAAGCUGACUGUGGUGACGGACUACCUCCUGCUGUUCCGCGUCUACGGGAUGGAGAGCCUCAGCAGCCUUUUCCCGAACUUGACUGUGAUCCGAGGGAACAACCUGUUCUUUAACUACGCUCUGGUUCUGUUCGAGAUGCUGCAGCUGAAGGAGCUCGGCCUACAUAGCCUGAUGAACAUCACCCGUGGCGCUGUGCGGGUGGAGAAGAACCCCGACCUCUGCUACCUCUCCACCCUCGACUGGUCCAAGAUCCUUGACUCUGUGGAGGACAACUACAUUGUGGCCAAUAAGAAUGACGGAGAGUGCGGAGACGUGUGUCCCGGCAUGGCUAAAGGCAAGACCACCUGCCCUCAGACCACCAUCAACGGGCACUUCAGCGAACGCUGCUGGACACAGAAGCACUGCCAGAGAAUGUGUCCGUCGUCCUGUAAACACAGAGCCUGCACUAAGGAUAAUCAGUGCUGCCAUGAUCAGUGUCUGGGUGGCUGCAUGGAACCAAGCUCUCCAAGAAAGUGCGUGGCCUGCAGGAACUUCCUCCACCAGGGGGAGUGUGUGGAGAGGUGCCCAGCUGGCUUCUACACAUUUAAAGGUUGGAGGUGUGUGGACUUCGCCUUCUGCCAGGCCCUGCACAACAGGUGCAAGCAGGGCAAGCAGGGAAAAGGCGGCGAGUGCUACGAGUAUGUCAUCCACCAGGGGGCGUGCAUCCCAGAGUGUCCCUCAGGCUAUACCACCAUCAACUCCACCUCGUUGAACUGUACCCCGUGUGCUGGUUUGUGUCCUAAAGUGUGUAUGGGACUGAAGACAGUGGACUCUGUGACGGCAGCACAGGGGCUCAGAGGCUGCACGGUUCUGAACGGCAGUCUGGUCAUCAAUAUCCGAGGAGGAAAUAACAUAGCAGCAGAACUGGAAGCUAACCUGGGUCAGCUAGAGGAAAUUACAGGCUAUCUCACUGUCCGUCGAUCGUACGCCCUCGUGUCUCUCUCUUUCCUCCGCAAACUCCGACUCAUCCGUGGUGAAGUGCAGGAAGUGGGGAACUACUCCUUCUACGCUCUGGAUAAUCAGAACCUGCGUCAGCUCUGGGACUGGUCCAAGCACAACCUGACAAUCCAGCAGGGUCGCAUGUUCUUCCACCACAACUCCAAACUCUGCAUGGCUGAGAUACGCAAGAUGGAGGAGGUCACCGGGACCAAGAACCGGCACGUCAAAAACGACAUCGCCACCAAGACUAACGGAGACCAGGCUUCCUGUGAGAGUCAGGUGCUGAAGUUCACAACGAUCCGCACUCUCUCCGACAAAAUCAUCAUCAAAUGGGAGCCGUUCUGGCCUCCGGACUUCAGAGACCUGCUGGGCUUCAUGGUUCUCUACAAAGAUGCGCCAUACAAAAACGUGACCGAGUUUGAUGGGCAAGACGCAUGCGGCUCCAACAGCUGGGUAAUUGCAGAUGUGGAUCCUCCACAGAGAGCCACAGACGGUAAAGAGCAGCAGGAGCCAGGAUACCUCAUACUGGCUCUAAAGCCCUGGACCCAAUAUGCAAUCAUGGUGAAAACACAGCUCUCUGCUUCAGACGAACACCAGGUCCACGGAGCCAAGAGCGAGAUCAUCUACGUCCGCACCAAUGCCACCAAGCCGUCUGUGCCGCUGGACCCAAUCUCCUCCUCCAACUCCUCAUCUCAGAUUAUCCUGAAGUGGAAGCCCCCCAACGACCCCAACGGCAACAUCACACACUACCUGGUGUUCUGCCAGCAGCAGCCUGAGGCCAGUGAGCUCUACAAGUUCGACUACUGUCAGAAAGGUAUGAAGCUGCCGUCUCGAGCCCCGACACAGGUGGACAGUGGCGAAGAGCAGAAGUGGAAUCAGACUGAGGAACACGGUCAGGGAGGACGCUGCUGCGCCUGUCCCAAAACUGAGAAGCAGCUGAAGAAGGAGGCUGAGGAGACGGAGUACCGCAAGACCUUCGAGAACUACCUGCACAACGAGGUGUUCAGAAUCAGGCCGUCCCGACAGCGCAGGUCCCUCGUGGGUGUGGCUAACCAGACCCAUUCUGACUUUCUCACCACACCCUCCAUCCCACCCAACACCUCAUCCACCCCCAGCCCGGAGGAGGAAGCCGAGGCCAAUAAGAUCACACAGCUCGUCUACGCUAAAGAGUCCACAGUCAUCUCCAACCUCAGGCACUUCACCAGCUACCAGAUCGAAAUCCACGCCUGCAACCACCCCACAGACCCUGCCCGCUGCAGCAUGGCCGCAUACGUCAGUGCACGCACCAUGCCGGAGGAUCAUGCUGACGACAUCAUGGGUCCAAUCACUUUUGAGGUUGCGGAGUAUUCUGUUCAUAUCAGGUGGAUCGAGCCAAAAGCUCCCAAUGGCAUGAUCAUCCUCUACGAGGUCAACUACAAAAGGCUGGGAGAUACAGAGGAGUUGCAUCACUGCGUGUCCAGAAAGAGCUAUAUCACGGACAAUGGCUGUAAGCUAAGAGUGGUGCAUCCUGGGAAUUACACUGUUCGGAUUCGAGCCACUUCACUGGCAGGAAACGGAUCCUGGACAGAACCCACACACUUCUACGUGCAGGACCUCCGUGUUGACCCCUCCAACAUGCUAAAGAUCGUGAUUGCCCCAGUUAUUUGCAUCUUCCUUCUGCUACUGAUGGGAUUGGCCGGUUUCAUCGUGUUCAAAAAGAAGCAAACUGAAGGACCAACAGGACGCCUGUACACAUCACCCAACCCAGAGUACCUCAGCCCAGAUGAAGUGUACGAGCCGGAUGAGUGGGAGGUUCCCCGGGAUAAGAUCAGUCUGCUGCGUGAGCUGGGGCAGGGCUCGUUCGGUAUGGUGUAUGAGGGUAUAGCGAAGGACAUUGUAAAGGGGGAGCCGCAGACCCGCGUCGCUGUCAAAACUGUGAACGAGUCAGCCAGCCUGAGAGAGCGCAUCGAGUUCCUCAACGAGGCAUCUGUCAUGAAGGCCUUCAACUGCCACCAUGUGGUGAGACUGCUGGGUGUGGUUUCCAAAGGCCAGCCCACCCUGGUGGUGAUGGAGCUAAUGACCCAUGGUGACCUGAAAAGCUACCUGCGUUGUCUCAGGCCUGAAUCCGAGAAUAACCCCGGCCGGCCGCCCCCCACACUGAAGGAGAUGAUCCAGAUGGCUGCGGAGAUCGCAGAUGGCAUGGCCUACCUGAACGCCAAGAAGUUUGUGCACAGAGACCUGGCUGCCAGAAACUGCAUGGUGGCUGAGGAUUUCACAGUUAAGAUUGGAGAUUUCGGUAUGACCAGAGACAUCUAUGAGACAGAUUACUACAGGAAAGGGGGGAAGGGGCUCCUCCCCGUCAGGUGGAUGGCCCCAGAAUCUCUGAAGGACGGAGUCUUUACUGCACACUCAGACUGCUGGUCGUUUGGUGUGGUGCUGUGGGAGAUCAGCACUUUAGCUGAGCAGCCAUAUCAGGGUCUGUCCAACGAGCAGGUGUUGAAAUUUGUGAUGGACGGAGGAUACCUGGACCGGCCGGACAACUGUGCUGACAGACUACACAAUCUGAUGCAGAUGUGCUGGCACUACAACCCCAAGAUGCGGCCCACCUUCCAGGAGAUCAUCGAGAUGCUGAAGGAGGAGCUGCACCCGUCUUUCCAGGAGAUGUCCUUCUUCUACAGCGAGGAGAACAAGCCCCCGGAGAGCGAGGACUUUGACAUGGACAUAGAGAACAUGGAGAGCAUCCCUCUGGACCCGUCGUCCUACUCCCAGCGCGAGGGCAGCGCCGACGGGGACGAGGGCUCGGCCGUGGGCCUGCGGGGCAGCUACGACCAGCAUGUUCCGUACACACAGAUGAACGGGGGCAAGAAAAACGGACGCAUUUUAUCGCUCCCUCGCUCCAGCCCCUCUUAAUGGUGCCCCCCCCCCACGGGCAUCCUCUCCUCCAGCCCGACAAGCUUAACCGUCUCAUCGGUUUAUCUCUUUUUUAUACGGUCACUUUUAUCACACUCUAGCUCCGCGCCGCCCUAAAACAGAUGGGCCAAACACUCAGGAUUUUAAUUUCCUAUUUUUUUCUGCUGCCACAUUAGUACCAUAACACAGGGUGCCACCUGUUCUUUUUUUGUUGUAUUUAACGAAUUGAAAGAAGACAAAGAAGAAGAAAAAUGCACAUCACCCUCAGCUUCUCCUAUUUUUUUUUUAACGUUGCCAAGUUUCCAGAACUGGUCUGAAUGGAACAAACUGUGAAUCUGAACCUCAGAGAACCAGAAGGCUGCUCAUAUAUCACUCUCUCUCCCUCUCUAGACUUUAAUGGACCUCCCUGGCUGUUCCUCCAAAAAGAACGAUGAGAAGAUAAAUUAAAGUGGCCUUAUUGUAUUUGUGGCUCGUCAGUACAGAGUCCAGGUCUUUGUGCUGAAGGCGGACAUACCAGAACAAACUGCUAAUGGCUACGAACCUCCACAUCUCUCUCUCUCACUGUCUGUCUGUCUGUCUAUAAAUGUAUGGGCUAUUGAAUGACAUGUUUUUGUUGUGUAAAUAAAUCACAUCACUUCUACAGAUACGUUUCUGCACAUUUUAAUACACAAUAACUGUUUAUUUACUUCAUUUAAUGAGCCCAAGUAAUAGAAAACCUAACUGCCCUCAGGUUUGUAAAUGUUAAACUGAGGUAGGGUGUCAUUCCCCAGUGCAUUCAGUCUAUAAGCUAACUAAAUAAUGUCUCAAAAUUCAACUCAUCUGCAUAUAUCUCUAUGUAGGGUCAGCUGCGCUCAUUCAAGCUGAUGUAUUAAACACUGUUUCAGCCCAGGCUGCUUACAUUAGUUUUACAAUGAGGCGCACAGCCAAUCAUAUCAGAGCAUGUUUACAUAUAAUAGUCUUAAAGGCACAGUCUGUUUAAUUUUAAGAAUAUAAGAAUAAAGCGGUGUUUUAAAAAAGAUAAAAGAAAGAAAGGAAAGAGUCUAGCUCAGGGUUUGGGAAAUAAAGUUCAAGCGAAUUAAAGGAUUUGAGUUCUUCAACAUAAGAAAUAGUUACAAGCAUUUUAUAUUGUUCUGAUAUGAACAGUGAAUCAGUGAAUUGUGCUUUAAAAUGUGCAGAAAAAAUGAUAAAAAUGACUGCGUUUGUCUGUCAUUUAAAGAACCAUGCCCAAACUGUAUACACCUCUCUCUCUUUUCUAAGUCUCUCUAUCUCUCAGUAUUUGGGAUCGUGCAGAGGACAAGCCGACCUUCGGACUUUCUUAUUUAUUUGUUUCGUCGUGUUGAACAUUUUCGGCUGAAAGAAACUGAACUUUUUUCAGGACAUUUGGACAGAAAGAGUUCCUCGGAUUGACCAGUAGUUGCUGCUUUGAUAUAUUUUAGUGGGUAUAGAUGAUUAAAAAAAAAAAAAGUAUAUAUGAAUAUAUUAUUGUUUUGUUUUUUGUUUUUUUGUACAUAGUCGAUGAUGUCCUUGUUAAAGAGUUGUUGGCGGUUGUAGAAAUGUUUUUACAUGUUUAUUUUUUUGUUUGUUUCUGAUCUUUUUUUUUUUUCUAAUUCAGAAAUCAUACUAAUCAUCAUCUGAAGCUCUGAGCAAUCGGCUCAACCCAAGUGUUCUGGAUGCCGGAGCUUCAGACGUGGACAUGUGAUAUGGAUUGAAAUUACUGCUGUUAAUAAAAGCAGCCAGGUGCAUUCGA